GCUGAUAGACACGUAAGCCAAAGAGCGAAAGUUUCUUACAUUCCGUCCAAAACCAUUUGAAGCACUUAAACCAUUUGCAAAUAAAGCUAGUUUCACGUUCGCACUUGCAUUGGAUAGGUAUUAAAUAACGUAUUGAUUAGCGGUAGUUUUGACAAACUUUGUUACACUACGAGAUCCUACCCAAAACUAGCAAAAUGCCGUUUAUGCAAAGGAGAGUGUACAAAAUGGACAAAAUGCAGAAGGCAGAGGAAAGAAUCAAGUCUAAUCCCUGGGAUAUCGAGGCAUGGAGUGUUUUGUUGCGUGAUGCUCAAAGUAAGAAGAUUGAUGAUGCAAGGGAAGUUUUUGAACGUAUUGUUACACAGUUCCCGGUAGCUGGUCAGUAUUGGAAGAUUUAUAUUAAUCAAGAGAUGAAAGCCAAAAAUUAUGAAAGGGUCGAAAAAUUAUUUCAACGUUGUCUAGUUAAGAUAUUAAACAUUGACUUAUGGAAAAUAUACUUGCAGUAUAUUAAGGAAACUAAAGGAAAGCAUCAAUCUUUUAAGGAGAAAAUGGCACAAGCUUACGAUUUUACUCUGGAUAAAAUGGGCUUAGAUCUUAAUUCUUAUUCAAUAUGGGCAGACUACAUAUCCUUUCUUCGUUCAACUCAAGUUCAAGGUUCAUAUGCAGAAAGUCAAAAAAUAACUGCAACUAGACGUGUGUACCAACGUGCAAUUGUUACUCCUAUGCUUGGUAUCGAAACUAUUUGGCGUGAUUAUUGCAUGUAUGAAAACUCAAUUAAUCCUCUUAUCGCGAAAAAGUUUACCGAGGAACGUAGUCGGGACUAUAUGAACGCACGUCGUGUAGCUAAAGAAUAUGAAGUUAUUACAAAAGGACUGUCCAGGACUAUGCCGUCAGUGCCACCCCAAAAUACACCGUAUGAAGCUAAACAGGUCGAACUAUGGAAGAAGUAUAUUCAAUGGGAAAAAGAUAAUCCAUUGAAAACAGAAGAUAUCAUCACAGUCACAAAAAGAGUAAUGUUUGCCUAUGAACAAUGUCUUUUAUGUCUUGGACAUCAUCCAGAUAUAUGGUAUGAAGCUGCUAGCUACUUGGAUCAUGCAAGCAAAAUUUUGGUUGAAAAGGGAGAUCAAACAACAGCUAGACAAUUUGCCAACGAUACAGCGGCGAUGUAUGAACGAGCUAUUGCUUUACUCAAAACAAAUAUGAUGUUAUAUUUUGCUUAUGCCGAUUAUGAAGAAGGUCGAUGUAAGUACGCAAAAGUUCAUUCUAUCUACAAGAAGUUAGUUUCAUUGGAGAAUAUUGAUCCGACACUACCUUAUAUACAAUAUAUGCGAUUCGCCAGGAGAGCUGAAGGCAUAAUGUCUGCUAGAUAUGUGUUUAAACUAGCUCGUGAUGAUUCACGCAUUACUUAUCAUGUUUACUGUAGUGCUGCAUUAAUGGAAUAUUUCUGUAGUAAAGAUAAAACUAUUGGACAUAAAAUAUUUGAGUUAGGCAUGAAACGUUUCGGUGGUAUUGCGGAAUAUGUAUUGUGCUAUGUUGAUUUUAUGGCACAUUUAAAUGAGGAUAAUAAUAUACGAGUGUUAUUUGAACGAGCUUUAGGAUCAAAUCAAAUUACACAAGAACGUGCACGUCUUAUAUGGGCUAGAUUUUUACAAUUUGAAUCACAGGUUGGUGAUUUGGCUAGUAUUCUGAAAGUGGAAAAACGACGUUUACAAGCAUUGGAUAGUUCGAAAGAAUUUUCAAGAUUAGAAACCGCACUUCUGAUUGAUAGAUAUCGUUUCCUAGAUUUAUUACCAUGUACAGAUUCAGAGCUUAGAUCUUUGGGUUAUCGAGAACUGACUCGCUUUCAGCUGGCUGGAAUUGGCAAAGGGUAUGAUGAUAUAUUGUGCGGUGUGAUCUCUUCCCAUGGAGCUGCUGGGGUUUCUUUAGGAUCCACACUAUCUGGUGUCUCUGGUGGUAGUGCAGGCGUAGUCGUAGGUGAUGCUCUUGGUUCAACAAUCAAUGGAACUGACCCAAGGCCAACUUAUCCGCAGCCUGAUGUCAGUCAGAUGUUACCAUUUAAACCGAAAGCUUAUCCACGUACUGGGAGUCACCCAGUAGCUGGUGGUGAAUUCCCACCACCACCGGCUGCUUCCUCUUUACUGAAACUAAUUCCACCGCCACAAUGUUUUCACGGUCCAUUUGUUGAUGUAGAUAAAUUUUUGGAACAUUUCCUAGAAUUGGAAAUCCCUGAUGAUUAUAUGGAAGUUGUUGCAGGUGAAUCUGAAGAAUUAGCUACAAGUAUUGACUCUGGUACAGCUUUAUCCAUUGAAUUGGCUAGUACAGCGACUUCCGCUGCCCCGCUUUUAUUGGCUGCUCGUAAACGUCGACAGCAAAUAGCUUUAGAUAGUUUAGCUGGACAUGGUAACCGUGCUUCUGUGGCUAAUCAAUCUAAAUUGCGUAAACGAACAAAUCUAAAUGCCUUUGGCGACUCUGAAGAUGAAGAAGAAGAGGAUGAUGACGAUGAUGAUGAUGAUGAAGAUGAACGUGCAGCUGCCUUAUUAGGGGGUCAGAUUCUUGGCUCUGGGUCAGAGUUAAGAAAUCCUUUGUCGGCUGCUUCUCUCGGCUGUAAUGUACCUAUGGAUUUAUAUAGGUUACGGCAAAUGCAAAGAGCUAAGUAACGUAUUUUUAACGUUUUCCUCCUUUAAGGGGAUUCCAUUUGUAUAAAGUUUGUAUUCCCUUUAAAAUAUUGAUAAGUUUUUGUAAUUUGAUCAAUAAAUGUUUCCUUAUUUAGUUUCACUUUUGCUGGUUGUGUGGUUCAGCUACAUUUCCUGUUCAAAUAGACUUACAUUAAUUUACUGUGUGAAAUAAUUGUAUCGAAGACGAAAAUGAUCUUAUUAUCUUUAUUGAUAAAGUUCACAGAAAGUAUGAUUGUUUUUAGUUUCAUGGCAGUCUAAUUGUUUCCAUUCCAUAUACAGGACUAACCUGUUAAGUAAAUGAACCGAAUGAGUGUAAAGUAGCUCAGUUAUGUUGCAACAGAUAGAAGCUGAUACAAGGUGUUUAUUAUAGUGAUGGACGAAAAGUUGAAGCAGUGAGUAUUUCUUUCGAGGAUAGAAAUAUUAUAAGAUACGGUCAUUUGCGUUGCUAGGAUAAUAAUUAAGUCAGUAAUGUUUCGUCGUUCAGUGAUGCUUCAACUCCAUAGUCCGAUCAGCGUUGGCCUGAGAUCUUAGUUGUGUAUAUGGUAAGGUAAAAUACCAGGCACUAAGAGCGUGGUCAGGAGAAUCAAAUGGUGUAUAGCGCUUACAAUGAUAUUCUACGAAUGUUUGUUACAUGGUCUAACAACGAAGAAUUGACUUGAACUCUCAACACUACUUUCAACAAGCAGCUACAUCAGGGAUGACGGGAGUACAAAGAGACCACUACAAUGGUGCUGAUCAUAGAGCUAAAUGCGAACCUUGUAGCAUCCCACCAGGAUCUGUAAAUAAUGAUGUGACAUGAAAAUCCAUGAGAGAGCUUAUAUCCUUUUUAUUAUUCACAUUUGACUAAUCAAUCUGAAUGAGCGUGCAAAUUAUUGGUCCACCGACUGUUGUUGUAAUGAAUCCAAGAAUGAGGAAUAACAUACGUUCUAGAAAUUUUUCAGUGACAGACGGGACACGAGUUAUUGCAAACCAGUUGCACUCCUUGUCCUACAGCAGAACAAAAAGGAAAGGCUAUUUAACGACUAAGUGAGUGAAAAUCAGCAGUAAACAAGUCUUAAACCACAGUUCUCUACGUUUUUGAUAUUGAUGGUGACCUCAUUAUUUUUACUAGACACAACCUAGCUGGAGGCGCUUAGUCACUCAUUCGCAAAAUAUCACUGUUUAGCACUCCAUGCUAUGAAUUCCUUACAACUACUAGCCAGCUAAGAUCUAACUGCUGCAAUACUAACUACUUGUUUGAUUGGGCUUUUUAUCUUUCGAUUAUAGGAAUGUUACAGAUAAAAGUUUUGUGAAAUCCUGAAUAUCCGUGACAUCUUUAAACAUACAAAAUAAAUCUUCAAAGACAUCACAAUAUUGUAAGCGCGGAUUUUUUCGGCAUUAUAUGUACCCGUCGUCGUAUAGAGGUUUAAAAGACUUCAAGAUGGUUGUGAUAUGUUAUUAUUAACAUGUAUAAAACAAAUAGAGCAGGAGGUCCCGAUUUAAGCACACAAACUUCUAAACAUAAAAACGUUUACCUCAUAAAGGCGAUAAAUGCAUAGAUUAAGACAAACCUGGAGAUUCAUCCUAUUACUCUUGUAAAACAAUUAC